CUUCAAAGCAAUGGAACGGUCAAGUUCAGUCGAAGUUAGAAGAUUCAGAGAAAAUACUUCUGUAGAUACUUUCACUCAUCCUCUUCCCUUAAAUGACGCAAAGAGAGAGCAAAACAUCACCAAUGCUAUAAAACUGAGGGAAUCAAGGAUGACAAAAUCUGAUUUUUAUUACAAAUUAGACAACCUUGUGAGUAAAAUAAAAGACUACCAGGAAACUUUCAGCUGGGAAAGGAGAGCCCCGAAGAGAAAAAUGAAGCUAAUCUUGGAUUUAUCAUUGAGAAAAUCCCGAUCAUGCGAGAAAAAGAUCAGAUUUAAGAAAAAGAAGGCCAAUAAAGAACACAGGAAUAGUAUUAGAUUUACUCCCCUUGCCCCGAUACGCAGAAACUCUGUUAUGAAGGGAGGAUUAUUGAAUGGACGACAUAAUUCUGUGAUGAUUAAUUUAAAAUCUGAUAUAAAUCAAGCGAUCGUUCAAGCACGUAAAAUGGAUAUGCUACCGAAUCAUAAUAAUUCAAAUUUGAUGAUAUUAGAAGAAAAUAAUGAGAUACAAGAGGAGCAAUCUAUCGAAUCAAAAACAAAAAUAUCCUGCUUUCAUAGAAGGAGACAUGUCAAGAGAAGUUUUGUUUCAGACUACCAUACGAAAAAUAUGAAAGUUAUUGAAGAGUAUCAGUCAUCAAGUUCUACUCAAGAUAGCAUUGACACUUCUUAUUUUAACAAACCCUGAUGAGAUACAAUUGAAAGGAAGGUUAAUCAUGAAAGAAUUCGUCAACUGUCUAAGCCUAAAAAAAUUGACAGUUUCUUCAAGAAAGAAGGAAUAAGAAAUUCAAAUGAGAAAUCUCCAACUAACUCUAUCCUAUUAAAGGAAGCCAGAAAUAUGUCAGGAAUUUAUAGCACUUGGAGGAAGAAACCACUUCUAAAGUCUGAUAAAAUAUUACUGGCUAAGCGGAAGCUCUACAAGAACAGGAAUAGGGUGCAUCAGGCCACGUUGGCAUUUGUAUAAUUUAUAUACCAUGCAUUUUUGUAAC